AUGGAGGAGCCGCCUCCGCCGCCGCCGGAGUGGCCGACGGAGCAGGGGAAGCAGUGGGCGAUCCUGGUCUGCGUCCCGCACGUGGUCCCUGGCGAACACGACUACCCGCCGGGCACUGAGUUCUCGCUCCGGCACGACAACCCGCCGCAGUCCUCCCGCUUCACCGUGCCCAGUCGUAUCGCCUCCGACCCCAAGGACAUCGAGAACCAUCCCUACGUCGCCGCCGUCGGCGCCUACGGCCGCUUCCUCCUCUACGCCACCCAGGGGAACUGCCAAGCGCUAGCGAACCCGCACAUCCUCGACUGGUUCCACACCGAGCCGCUCGGCGUCCACCACGGCAGCCCCAAAGCCUACUUCAUCUGCGACCUCAAGACCGGCGCUGCCACCCGCCUCCCCAACCCCGACCCCGAGCACCCCAUCCUCAACCCCGGCAACGUCGGCCUCAUCAAUUCCUCGUUCGGCUCCGUGGUUGUCGAGCUGCAGCCGCCCACCGCCGGCAACCACCGCGCCACCCUCCUCUGCUACGUGUCGCGGACCAAGUAUACUCGCCUCGUGGAUGACACCGAUACUUGGCUCGUGAAGGACGUCCACUACCCUCCUGUUCACCGGCCGUGGGGCGCGCACGGCGUAAUCUUCGACCAGCCGAGACUCACGUGGGUUGAUCUCUCCUACGGCCUUCUCACCUCCUACAUGUUCCUCUACGGCAACCCAAACCUGCAAUUGCGCUUCAUUCCGCUGCCGGCCGGCUGCGAGAGGCCGUCCGGCACGGUGGACCUCGACAAGGAGCGCUGCGUGGGGAUGAGCGCCGGGAGUCUGCGGUACGUGCAGAUCGAUCUGCUCGACGGCGACCCGACCGUCCGCAAGUGGACGCUGGUCAAUUGGGCUACCGGGUCGUGGCGUCACGACAGCAACGUCUCCUUCAAAGUGAUCUGGGCCGACGCGAGCUACAAAGCUAUGAAGCUGCCGCGCGUAGUUCCCACCGUCGCGUUCAUCGACCCUCGCCGCGACCACGUGGUCUACUUCUUCCUGCAGUCCCGAAUCUUCGGCGUCGACGUGAGAACGGGCGAGUUCAUCCACUGGAUUUUCUUCAAGAUGAACAGCCCGCCGAGUCGUUACCACUCAUCCCGAUUCGUCCGUCUUUGGGAGCAAACAAAGGAGCUUUUCGAUGGUGCUGGUUCCGAUGAUCAGGAGGAUUUUUAUUUUUUGAGAUGUCAGGAGGGUUAUUGGUUUCCAUGAUUCGUCUGCAAGACCUGAAAUUAGGGCAGGGGUUCGGUAGUGUUCAGUUUUCAGUUAUCGCUGCCAGUGUAAUGAAUGCCAGUUACUUCAGUUACUCAUGCAUUCAUCAUUCAUGUUACACAACGCUUUAUGUCGUUCGUCGACACAAUGUGGAGGACAUAGUAUCCUCCGUGUGUAUAAUUACAGGAUCUGAAUAU